AUGUCGUAUCUGGCCAGAAGAGCAUUUCGUCAUAGGAUAUCAGCUGUCCGACUGCAACGGCCGCUCGUCCGAUCGCGUUUCUCAACCUCGGCGCGUCGGCCACUGAUGGAACUGACGGGCUUUACUGAAGAACAACUCACUGUCCGCGACGCCAUCUCAGCAAUCACUUAUAAAUUUCCCAACACCUACUGGCAGGAAUGUGAUCAGAAUGAGCGCGAUCCCAAAGAGUUCCAUGCCGCACUAGCCAAGGAUGGAUGGUUGGGAAUUGCUUUGCCGGAGCAAUUGGGAGGUGCUGGAUUGGGAAUCUCGGAAGCUACAAUGAUGAUGCAGACCAUUACUCAAUCCGGUGCAGGAAUGGCCGGUGCUCAGGCCAUCCAUGCCAAUGUGUAUGCAACACAGCCGCUGGCCAAAUUCGGCACCAAGGAGCAGCUCGAGGAGACGAUUCCCAAAAUCAUCAAUGGAACAUGGCGGACCUGCUUCGGCGUCACAGAGCCUAACACGGGCCUAGAGACGUUGAAGCUCAAAACCACCGCCAUCAAAAAUGCUUCCGGUGAUUCCUACUCGGUCACCGGGCAAAAGAUCUGGAUCACCUGUGCACAAGUCGCGUCCAAGAUGAUUCUGCUCGCGCGGACAACCCCCGUCGAAGAAGUAAAGAGAUCCACGCACGGUUUAUCAAUGUUCUGCAUUGACCUUGACCGCGACAAACCCGGUCUGGACAUGCGCAAGAUCAAGAAAAUGGGCGGUCGCGCCGUUGACGCCAACGAGGUCUUCUUCGACAACUACCAGAUCCCCGCAAACACGCUGGUAGGAGAAGAAAAUGAAGGGUUCAGGAUCAUCCUCCACGGAAUGAACGCAGAACGGUGUUUGUUGGCCGGUGAGGCGCUAGGUCUGGGGUAUGCGGCGCUCGAGCGCGCGACGCAAUACGCCAACGACCGCGUUGUAUUCGGACGUCCCAUCGGACAGAAUCAGGGUAUCGCACAUCCGCUGGCAGAUGCGUAUAUGAAGCUAGAAGCGGCCAAGUUGGCGACUUACCAUGCUGCGCGGUUGUAUGAUGCCUCGCGAACGGAUAGUUCGAUUCCGUUCCAUUCGGUCGGGGUGGCUUGUAACAGCGCCAAGUACCUUGCUGCUGAGGCAGCAUUCACGGCGUGUGAAAGGGCUGUUCUGACCCAUGGAGGAAUGGGUUACGCCAUGGAGUAUGAUGUUGAGCGGUAUCUGAGGGAAUGUUUUGUUCCUCGGAUUGCCCCGGUGAGUCGGGAGAUGAUCUUGAAUUAUGUCAGUGAAAAGGUGCUGCAAUUACCGAGGAGCUAUUAG